AUGGCUGUCCUCGACCCCAUUUCCGAAGCUACUGCCCGCUCGAAAACGAGACUUCUCCUCGUUUCGACGCAUCCAGAUCAAAAUACUGGUUACAGUAAGGUCUCUUACAACCUGCUCAAGCACCUGGGAACGAAGGAAGACAUCGAGGUAGUUCAGUAUGGAUUCCAGAGAUUCAGCCAAGAGGACGUUAACAAGAGGAUGCACAACAUCCCCCCCUCGGUCAUAGUGUAUGAUGCUGCAAAGGCAGAAGUGCCCUCGCUGCAAGGCUUUGGGUUUGCAAACUUCCGCGAGUUCGUUCGCCUCAGCAAACCAGACGUGAUUGUUAUAUUCAACGAUGCUCAGGUGGUUACCAACUUUCUGAUCGAGCUCAAACGCGAACCUCAGAUCCUUCAACCUUCCACGAAGGUGAUCGUAUACCUGGAUCAGGUGUACCCGACACAGCGAAUCGAUCUUCUGAAUGUGAUCAAUGGCGUCGCAGACCACAUCAUCACCUUCACAGAGUACUGGCGCAAGGACCUGCUUCGACAGGGGGUGACGAAGCCCGUCAGUACAUUGAUGCAUGCAUUUGACUCCGACCUCUUCAAACCCUUGAAUCUACCACCCAAGCCGGUGGAAGCGCCGAUGGUGGUGCUGAACUUGAACCGCAACCAACCCAGGAAGCGUCUGGAUCUGACCGCAAUUGCCAUGGCCCGGGUUUUUAAGAAGCGACCGGAUGCUAACAUUGCAUUUCUAUUCGGCGCGGAUGCCAAGAAUGGAGCUUGGGACGUCCCGUUUAUCUUCCAGACGGAGAUGCUCAAGGCUUUCUCCCCUGAAGAAGUGGCCAAGUAUGGGGAGAGAUUUGCAACGGUCAACAACGCUGGUAAAAUGACGGACGAAGAAGUGAACAUGCUAUACAACCAGACCGAUGUGGGCCUCAACACAGCCAGCGGUGAGGGCGUCGGCCUCAAUCAGUUAGAGCAUGCGGGAGUGGGCAAGCCGCAGAUCGCAGGUGCCAUUGGCGGCAUGACGGAGUUCUUGAACGAAUCCAACUCUAUCCUCGUCAAACCCAAGCUCUAUAUAUAUGCCGACCAGACAAGCGAAGUCACGGGCGGAGAGGUGAGCCUUCUCGAUCCCGACGAGGUGGCGGAUGCGAUUCUGCAUUACUACGAUAAUCCAGCUCUCCGAGAGGAGCACGGACUAAAGGCAAGGGCGGAGAUUGCUGAACUAAGAUGGAUCGAUGGCCACCAGUAUAUCACAGGCCUCGCGCCCUGUGGUGAGAACCGCGAUUCGGCAAUACCUCGCUGA